GACAAGAGAAUGCCGUUGACUUGCUUCUUCGCAUCAAAUACGGAGACGACUCUAAAUCCCAGUUGUAGAGAGAGGACAGAUAAGAGGCUGAUCGCCGGUGAUGGAGAUCCUGAGCCCGUCACCACCGCCCAGCCCCUGCCCCGCCGUGGAUGAUCAGCUCCGCCUCCGCCUCCGCUGCGGUGGCCGCCGGGAGCAGAACCUCGGCGAGGCGUGGGUCCACGUGGCCGUAGGGAGGUCGCCGGAGAAGACGCUUGGGCUGCUGCGGUGGGCUCUGCGCCGCUUGGGGUGCGGCCGCAUCGCCCUCCUCCACGUCCACCAGCCGUCCCCGCUCAUCCCAACCCUCUUAGGAAAAAUUCCCGUGGCUCAAGCCACAGAGGAGCUGGUGCUCUCCCAUCGCAAGUCCGAGAGGGAGGAGAUGAACAAGAUCCUCCUCGCUUACCUCGCCUUCUGCCACAGGGCCCAGGUCCAGGCCACACUUCUUGUCACGGAGAAUGACCAAAUCCACGAUGGCAUCCUCAAAUUGGUCAACCAUUACGGGAUCACCAAGCUUGUUAUGGGUUCCACACCCGACAGUUGCUUCAAGUUAAAAGCGAGCUAUGGCAAAGAAUCUUUAAUGGCAAGGAAUGCUCCUGCCUUUUGUGAAAUUUGGUUCGUAUGUAGAGGAAGGCACAUCUGGACCAGAGAAGCGAGUGCAGCCACGGACAAGAACAUCCCAGUUCACAACCAUGAUGAUGUUAUGACCACAGAAAGAAUUAGGUUCAGCUCAUAUAGUAACAAUGCAGAAGCCAUACUUGAUGAAGGAUAUAGUAUGUGCGAGGCAUUAACGACAGUCAUUCUUAACCAAGGCAUUGUUUCAGACUAUGAUCGACCUAAUAAUUAUGAAGCUCUUGGGGCACAUGACGCCAGCCAUUUCUACAAUAUGAGCAUAUCAAAUUGUCAAGAUGCAGAAUCUGCACUCAACUCAACCAUCUGGUCAGAUUCUUCUCUACGUAUGGAAACGUUACAGUUAUAUUCUAAGGAAAUAUUGGACAGAAAUCUCAAACAAGUCAUGAUGGAAGCUGAAGGGUCAAGGAAGGAAGCUUUUAUUGAGCUGCUCAAGUGCAAAGAAACAAUGUCAAAAGUGGCGAGUUCUUCUGCCAGAGCAAAAGCUUCUGAGUCUGCUGAAAGAAAUGAAAUAAAAAAGAGGGAGGAACUUGAAGUUUUAUUGGUAGCCACAAGAAGGCAUCAUGAAGAUCUUAUAAAGAAUAAGGAGAAAGCUGUAGCAGGGCUGGACUCUUCUAUUAGAAGAUUAGCCAUCCUAGAUGCCCAUGCUAAAAGGAUAAACCUUCGGAUGGAUGAGUUUGCAGCAGAGCUCGAAGUGAUCCAAUCUUCCAUAGAAACUAUCAGGCGGAAAAAACUCAAAAUACAAAAGCGAGAAGAUAGACAUAUGGACCAGGUUGAAGGGUGCACGUGCAUCCAUGCUACAUUGCCAAAUUGCAUGUCAAUUGUUCUUGGCGAUGAUUUGUACAGCUUCAGAGAAUUUACAUUGUUAGAUAUGCAAUCUGCAACAUGUAAAUUCUCAGAGAGCUUCAAGAUACGGUCACAAGGUCAUGGGUGUGUUUACAAAGGAGAGAUUAUGAGCAGAACUGUGAUGAUUCAUAAGCUGCACUCACAUAGCAUUGAGAGCGUGAGGCAGUUCCAGCAAGAGGUGUAUAUCCUUAGCAAGGUGAGGCACCCUCAUCUAGUGACACUGGUUGGGGCAUGCCCAGAAGCGUUGUGUCUCGUCUAUGAAUAUCUGCCGAAUGGGAGCCUUCAUGACCACCUCUUCAGCAAAUGCAGUAACCAUCGGUUGCCAUGGAAAAUCCGUGCACGUACUAUUGCUGAGAUCUCGAGUGCACUACUGUUCUUUCAUUCCUGUAAACCUCAGAUGAUCAUCCAUGGUGACUUGAAGCUUGAGAACAUCCUUCUAGAUACCGACUUCCACUGCAAGAUAGCUGAUUUCUGUUUUUCUCGGCUAUUCACGGAUGGCAUGAAGGAUUAUCCAUCAUUUUUGGGGGGGUCUGAACUGAAAGGGUCAUUUGCCUAUGCAGACCCAGAGUACCAGAGAAGCAAAGUGUUGACACCGAAGACUGAUAUAUACUACUUUGGUAUUGUGAUACUCCAGCUACUAACCGGGAAACAGGAGCCUGUAGGGCUUGCUGCUGAAGUAAGGCGUGCAAUGUCUUGUGGCAAGCUAUCAUCAAUUUUAGAUCCAACAGCUGGAGAGUGGCCUAUGGAGGUGGCUAGAAGGUUAGCAGAGUUUGGGCUGAGGUGUAGUGAAGCCAGCAGCCGAGAUCGCCCGGAGCUGACUCCAGGGACUGUACAAGACUUGGAACAGCUGCAUUUGAUGAGGGAGAGAGAAGUACCCUCCUCCUUCCUGUGCCCGAUUUUGCAGGAAAUAAUGCAUGAUCCUCAGGUGUGCGCCGAUGGGUUGACGUACGAAGGGCGGGCGAUUCGUGUGUGGAUGGAGAAUGGGCGGGAGACAUCGCCGGUGACCAACCUGAAACUAGAGCAUCGCAAUCUCACACCCAACCACGCCCUUCGCUUUGCUAUCCAGGAUUGGCUUUGUCACUCUCACUCAUUGUUGAAGCUUUAGCUAGUUCGUUCUUUCUUUCGUGCUUUCCUAAUUAACAGAUCGAUCUGUGCAGAUCCAUGUGUAAAAAAGAAAGGUUCUGGUGGUAUGUAUAGAUUCUAGUAACACGUAGUAUAUAUCAUGUGACUAGCUAGUUUAUGUUUUUUUUUUUUUUGGCGGAAAGCUAGUUUAUGGUUUUUUUUUUUGGCGGAAAACUACUUUUUGGUUCUCUGUACCAAGUGACCAAGUGCUUACUGCUCCGCUCAGUACUGAAUAAAUUGUAUCAUUAUGUAUGUAUGCAGGUGCAGAAUCA